CGUUUGUUUGGAGUUUAGAUUCGCAAUUUACAUUUUUAUCUUAAAAUACCUCCUCAUUCACUAAAUAUUUAUCUCUCCUACUUGGGGUGAACAAUCCCCUAACACACUCAUACAAACAAAUCUACUUUUAAACGUUCUGUCUCUCGAGCAUCCGCUUGGUGUUUGUAGCUUUAGCCUGCUAGCACCGCUGGUCAGCUAAAGCUACCAACCCCUUUCACUCAUUUAUUUUCUCACUUUCUGGCUUUGCUCUUCACCUUGUACAAUGUCGCUUGCGUGUCUGUCCUUGAGUGCAGGAGAGGCAUCGAUGGAGGCGCUGGAGCUGGAGCUGGAAGCGGUGGAGUCCCAGAUUCGCUCGCUGGAGACGAAGCGAGAGGGCAUCAGGGCUCUGCUCUUAACCCGUACUCGCUCGUCUGAGGUAAGUGUCCGAUACAACGACAAUCUCCCAGUUUCUUCAACCCCGCGUGUUUCUCUGUCCAGGCCCAGCGCACCGAGGACGCGGUGCACCCAGGCGUCGUUCACGCCGACUCCCGGCUACCACGGCCCCUGGGUGCAACCGCGUAAGGUGCUUGCCAGGUCCCGGGGCAGAACGUCUCCUCCUCCGGUGUUCGAGAUCCCCACGGAGAACCGCUUCGCCCCUCUCCGCGAGACGGGUCGCGAUGUUGCCAUCAUUGGCGACUCAAUCGUCCGCCACGUCCGCUCCACUUCCUCCAAAGGUAACAAAGUACGCACUUUCUGCUUCCCUGGUGCCCGAGUUAAGAAUAUUUCUGCACAGAUACCUACUAUCCUGAGCGCUGCCGAGAGCCUCGGUGCCGCCGUCCUCCACGUGGGGACGAACGACACCGGGCUCCGGCAGACGGAGAUCCUGAAGAAGGACUUCAGGAGCCUGAUCGAGACGGUUCGACGCACUUCGCCCGCCACGCAGAUCAUCGUUUCUGGACCGCUUCCUACCUACCGCCGAGGAAAUGAAAGGUUCAGUAGACUUUUUGCUCUGAAUGAAUGGCUAUUAACAUGGUGUGAAGAACAGAAAUUGCUCUUUGCCAAUAACUGGAAUCUUUUCUGGGAGCGUCCUAGGCUUUUCCGCGCUGAUGGGCUGCACCCCAGUCGAGCUGGAGCUGAACUCCUGUCGGACAACAUCACCAGAAUACUUCGCUCUAUCUGACUAGCCCUCAGACUAUGCAGAGUCACUGAUUCGAUCCAAGACCAACGACGAGAUGAUCCCAAGGUUUCCAUAUCCUGGACCAGGCCGAAUCCUGAGCAGCUACUGCGAUGGUCAUGGAAGAGUGGAGAACAUGAGACUGUUUCCUAUGACGCUCCAGAGACAGACGAGUCUUCGCUGAGGCCAGCUUCCAGUCUCCGCCACUGAGACUGCAGCUCUGCACAAGACGUUUGGCCAGCGGAGAAAUUAAAAUGGUCGUGCCCAACUGAGCCUGGUUUCUCUCAAGGUUUUUUUUCUUCACUUCCGCCUUUAGUGAAGUUUUUUUUCCCUCUCCGCUGUCGCCACUGGCUUGCAUGGUUCAGGAUCUGUAGAGCUGCGCAUCGUUGGAUUUGCUCUUCAAUAUUUGGACUCUCAGUAGUGAUUAUUAAACCACACUGAACUGAGCUAAACUGAACUGAACUUAAACACUACAAACUUAACUAGACUGUUCCUAUUUACUGUGACCUUUU